GUUUGUCUUGGUUUGUCACAGCUAGAGAGCUAUGUCUACACCAGCUAAUGCUCAAGCUGGCCCUCCCGCCGAGCAGGAUGAAAGUCCAGUCCGGAAAUUGUUUUCAGUGGCUCAGCAAGUGUUUUUGAUAUGGGCAUUCUCUCAGCUUGCUAUGAAAUUCAUAUCACCAGCGAAGCCUUCAACUACCCCUUCCGUCGCAACACCUGGUAAUGAUGCCGCUCAGCCAGGUGAGGUCAACCCAUUCCUUUUACCCCCCGUACAGGCAUAUCCUGCGUGGAAACUUGGACAACCUUUAUCCAUGCACGUAUAUUUCUCGACCUCGCCGAAUGGAGAUGUGUUUUCCCGUCAAUGGACGUCAGCAUGGCGGGAAGACCAGGACGCCGGUCUUCCCAAUUUCGUCUGGGAGAACAUCGUUUUCGGAGACUGGAAGGAGACAAGGGUUGCCACGUAUGACAUCAACCUUCCCCUGACUGUGCAAAAGAACGGAUCCUUAUGGGCAGAUAUUUUCCUUGUCAAAGAUGGCGCGAGUCCGGACCCUUCAAAUCCCUCUUUUGAUCCUCAUUCAGUACAUCAUGUUCGGAAACUUUUGACGCGGUACAUGCCCAGAGUGAAAGCACGCAAAGAAAAAAAAUUGCUUUCCAAUCCGGAUGACAAUGAAGAGGUGGAAGAGGAGCCGCAAGACGAUGUCAUAGUGUCGCAUUGGCACAAGAACCUCACAUUGGCCCUCGUUUCCGACGAGACGGUCAUAGCAGUCGACAAAUUGCCCCCAGUCCUGGUUGAGCAUGUGCAUCUGGUUCCAGGCGCGCGGGAUGACACUGGCACUAAAGGAUUCUACAAGCCUAUAGUCUUCCCCAAUGACUUUUGGUUACUUCGCUCGCAUCUGAUCGAAAUUAAUACAACCACCCCGACGCUGCCGCUUGAAGUAAUUUUCCAACCCAUGUCAUACUUCAAAUUCCAGAUAUUUGCAUCAAUGAGUCAUGGCUUCGACGAAGCCCUCAAGCAACAAGGUGGUGGCGCAGGAGCGGAACUUGACGAGGUCAAACGAAUGCUUACCGAGACUAAUCCAUGGUUCCUGGGCCUGACUGGACUGGUUAGCAUGUUGCACGUUGUAUUCGAGAUGCUUGCCUUCAAAUCAGAUGUUUCGCACUGGCGCCAGCGGAAGGAGCUGGUGGGUAUCUCUGUCAGGAUAAUAACGAACGUGUUCGUCCAGACCGUGGUGCUUUUGUACCUCAUUGACAACAACGAAAACACGAGCUGGAUGAUCCUUAUGGGGUCUGGGAUGGGUGUCGUUAUCGAGGCCUGGAAGAUCACAAAGGCUGUGGAUAUCAGCAUCAUCGCUGCUCCGUCUGGCUCUCAAUUGCCCUAUAUGCUUAGUAUCAAAGAUAAGCAUGUCCUCAGUGACGAUGAGAAGAAAACACAAGAGUAUGACAAGCUUGCAUUCCGCAUUGUGUCAUACUUUACUAUUCCAUUACUCGCCGCUUAUACGAUCUACUCGCUGAUUUACGAGACCCAUAAAGGAUGGUACAGCUUCGUGAUCUCGACGCUGACUUCAUUCGUGUAUAUGUUUGGCUUUGCACAAUUGAUACCUCAACUCAUUAUCAACUACAAACUCAAGAGUGUGGCGCAUAUGCCUAUGAAAGCAAUGAUAUAUAAGACUUUGUCGACAGUUGUCGACGAUCUUUUUGCGUUCUGCAUUAAGAUGCCUAUGCUGCACCGGCUGGCAUGCUUCCGGGAUGAUGUUGUGUUUUUAAUUUUCCUGUAUCAGCGCUGGAUCUACCGUAUCGAUCCUAAACGAGUGAACGAGUAUGGUCAGGUAAUGGCAGAGGAUGUCAUCAAAGUUGACGGCAGCGGUGAGACAAAGAAGGACAAGUAGACCUCCAAGGACCUCGCCCGAUCAACCCAGCGUCUCGGAAUGCUUAGUCUAAUGGAAUGUUCUUGUUCUUCUGCGUGCCAAGUCUUGUGGGGCCCGCGUAAAUGCGAUUGACUCACCCUAGACCAUUGACGUUCCUUGCUAAUUCAGGUAGACUGUAUUAUCUGGAGUCUUGAUUAUUGUGAUCAGGAGAGAUAUCUUGUAAUAUCCCCAAUUGGUCUGAUGCGCGGGGGAACUCUGGACCUUUGGUUUUCGCCGUUGCUGGAACAUUUUUGACUUUUGCGGCGAUAUUGGAUAAAAUUAGGUAGAAACACGCGAAUUGUACCGCACUCAUCGGACCGUGGAAAAUAUUUCUUGA